AUGGCAGGACGACCGGCCGCGAAGGAGUGCUGCCAUCUCGCUGGUUGUCAAAGAGCUAUUGCCGAGGCUCCCAUGGUCAACGGCAUUGAGCAAUGUGGCUGGAACCAAGCUGUUACUGUCACAGACAGCGUCACCUUGACCCAGGCCUCAACCAUCACCGCCAGCGUGUCAGAGGCCCCCGUCGAGACGACCCGCAUCACCGUGACCGAGACGAUUACAGCCGACAUCGGUACCCUGACGAGCGUGAUCAUUGAUACUGAGACCGCCGAGGCUGUCACCGUCACCAGCACCAGCACCACCUACGCGCCAAACCCGGUGGACCCGUUGAACCCGGUCGAGCCGGAGGAUCCCGACCCGGUCCCCGAGAUCCGUCGCAACGCCCGCCGCGGCGCACAGCACUCCUCCUCCACCAACGUUCCCGCCCCGACGACCACUGACGAAGUCCCGUCCUACCUCGGCGAUGCGUGCGCCUCCUGGGGCGACUACCUCGCCGCCUGCAGCUGCCUCGGCGCUACGCCUUCAACCAUCACCGUCACGGCCACCGCGUCGACCGAAGUGCAAACCGUCACCGUCACGCCUACCGCCGGCAGCGCAUCCACCACGACCGAAACCGUGACCACGUAUGUAUCCGUCACGGGAAGCACCACUGACCUCAUCACCACCGUUGUCACCGUCACGCCUACCACGACAACGCUAAGCAUCCCAUUGCUGCGCCUUGUCAGGGCGGCCUCGGUGUUGAACUUCCUCCAGUGA